UUGCAAUUGCUUCACAUCGAGACGAGCCUCCCAUAUUCAGAUUGUUCUUGACUCAUGUGCGUCGUCCAUGUCUCGGGUCAUCGCAGCGGAGAGCACUUGAUGUGUCUCGUGAGUGCUGAAUCGUGAAUGCGGGAUGUUGGGUCUCAGACACGUGCACGCGCUUGCCGACUCGCUCCUUCCCCUUUCACCCACCCACCACGUUCCUUCCUCUUUCAACACAAACAUACGUAACCCCGACGGCACUCCCGUGCGUGCAUCACCAGCCCUUUCCAUUUUUUUCUCCCUGACGCGUCCCCAACGUUUUCUCUUCCCUUCCACACAAACUUCCACCUUCGCUUCCGCUCUCACAGCUUCUUCACACUCGUUUUCCACCAUCCUCCUCAUCUCCCACUCUCCAUCCUCUUGUUGCUCUCGUCGACAAGACUCACCGUCGUUAUCCUCACGUCACCUCACUCUUCCCACAUCAAGCAAGAUGCAGUUCAAGAAGGCUGCCGUCGCAGCGGCUGGUUUGCUGGCCACCACGCACGCCGCAGUCAUCGAAGGCAGACAGCAGGCCAAGGACCUCACCACCGUGACGAAGCUCUCCACCGAGCCCGCUGCCGUCAUCACUCAAGUCAUGGUGAUCGAUGAGGUGCCGGCCGUGUUCAUCUCCACCCAGUACUCCACCGACACCAUCACCAUCCUCUCCUGCCCUGCCUCCGUCACCAACUGCCCGGCUUCGUCCACCUCGGUCAUCACUUCGGUCAUUCCCACGGACACCACGGUCUGCCCCCUCACCGUCACCCGCUCCAGCUUGUCCGUUCCCUCGUCGUCCAUUCCCGCUUCGAUCCAGUCGGGCAGCUCUCUAGCUGGUGGCCAGACCAACAGUGGCUCUGCUUCCAACUCUGCGUCCACGAUUACAAUCACCAGCACUCGCACCGGAACAUCCACCCUGACGCUCCAGUCAACCAGCGGCCCUCUUUCGCCCUACAGCUCAUCGGCUGUGGCGUCCUCGAGCGGGCCAGCAUCCGCCCCGGCAUCCUCGAGCGGCUCGGCAUCUGCCCCUGCGUCAUCAAGCGGGCCAGCAUCUGCUCCAGCAUCGUCAAGCGUGUCUGCCUCUGCUCCCGCGUCGUCCAGCGCUGCUCCAUCCAGCGGGUCGCCGUCAGUCGGUGCCACUUCGGCCAGUGCCUCUCCCAGCGGCCCAGCCAGUGCUCCGGCGUCUUCUUCGUCGCCUGCCAGCUCAGCCAGCUCUGCAUCGGCAUCUGCUCCAGCAUCUUCCAGCUCUACCUGGGCCACCUCCGUCACUCCAGCCUCUGUGGUUAGCCCUUCCUCGGCAGCUCAGACAUCUUCAAGUGCGGCCGGUGCUGCAUCCAGCUCCAAGCCGGCCAGCCAAUCGUCUAACGCGGUCAGUGCUCAGUCCGCCUCGCCCUCUUUGGUCGGCUACACCACGCCCGCUGUGGGCUCCAGCCAAUCCUCGAGUGCCGCCGGUGCCCAGUCGACUCCAGCCUCCAACAGUGCAAGCGCCUCUGCAGUUCCACCCAGCAGCAACAGCAUCGGGGCGGUCACUGGCUCGUCGUCGUCCAUCUCGGCCACUUCGACCAUGAUCUUGACAUCGACAAUCACCAGCACAAGCCGCUUGACGCUGGCAAGCUCAUCCGUUGGUGCGUCUUCGGCCUCCGGUGCUGCAAGCAGCGCCGCCGCGACCUCGGCAUCGUCAGGAGUGGCAUCCUCGCCAGCUACUGCUUCGUCUUCCGCCGGAGGUGCUCCAGGAGGAUACUCCUACGCGCCGCCGUCGGCAUCUAGCAGCCUCGCUGGUGCCAUCACCGGACCCGCGGGCACCGCCUCUUCAGGCUACCCGAGUGCCUCGACCAACGGCACCGUCAGCACCGGUCUUCCGACUCCUGUGCCAUACACCGGCGCCGCCGCUCAGGGCUUCGACAUCAACCUGCCCGGGUGCACCGUGCUCGGCCUUGCCAUGGCGGUGCUGUUCAUCUAAGCGCCCUCGCGGUGCUGAACAUCCUGAGCGAGAUGCUCAUUGCAACGCUCAUCACUUCUUC